AUGCGGACACAGGAUGUUACCCCAUAUCCACACUGUGGGUCUCAGUCGUGCAGGUCCCUUGCCCUUGUCCCUUCUGUGGUGGUAUAUAAGAGUGUCAUAUCCAUCAGCCGACAUGAUCAUCGAGGUUAUCAAGCGUACUCGCUCUUCACCACAGCAAAAUAUGUUAACUCAGAAGCACGACAAGAAGCCCUACUUCGGGCUCACUGGGGGAUGGCUGACCCUCUGGAUCACAGUAAGUAUCGAGAAUUCGAAACCAAUUCAAUACUAAGACGAGAGCAGAUUGCCUGUGCUACGGACAUGACAUUGUUCGGCUAUGACCAGGGAGUGUUUAGCGGGGUUGUCGUCACAGAGGACUUCCUAGUCGUUCAUGACCUCGUCGGGCCAACCAAGACGAAAGCGCUAUCGACUGUCACAGCCAUCUACGACGUCGGCUGCUUUCUCGGCUCGAUUCUAGCUUUCAUCGUGUCUGAAAGGCUCGGUCGGAAGAAGUCCAUUCUCCUGGGAACAACCAUCAUGGCAGUCGGGACCAUCCUUCAAGCCAGUUCCUACAGCUUGGCGCAGAUGUUUGUCGGCCGGGUUAUUCUGGGUAUUGGCAACGGAAUCAACACAUCCACAGCUCCUGUCUGGCAAACUGAGACUGCCACCGUCAAGUGGCGAGGAAAGCUGGUCAUUCUGGAAAUGGCACUGAAUGUCUCUGGCUUUGCGCUGGUCAAUUGGAUCAACUACGGGCUUUCUUUCAAAGGCGGUGCGCUUGCAUGGAGGCUCCCCAUCGCACUGCAAUUUUUCUUCAUCUUCAUCCUUUAUGCGACUGUACCAUGGCUUCCUGAGUCCCCAAGAUGGCUUCUCUCGCACGGUCACAAUGAGCAAGCUCUAGAUGUAAUCUCCCGCAUCGAGGCCAAGCCAGUUGAUGAUCCGUACAUCAUCACCCAGUACAACGAAAUCGAGUACAGUAUCAACUACGAGCGCGAAAAUGCCGUCUCCUGGACAGAUUUAUUGCUACGUCGUCAAAAGACAAAUGACACCAAGACAUUGCGGCGGAUACUUCUUGCAGUUCCAAGGCAGGUCUCCCUCCAGCUAGACGGACACUGGCUAACAGUGCACAGGAAUCAAUAUCAUGUCCUACUACCUUCCUCUGGUGCUGAUCAACUCUGUCGGCCUGUCAAACAGCAUGUCACGACUCCUCAGUGCCUGCAACGCGACAUCCUACUUUGUGUUUGCCUGUGUAGCAGUCAUCAUGGUGGAGCGGUUCGGUCGAAGAGGCCUAAUGCUGAUGUCGACCUUUGGCCAGUUUGCUUGUUUCCUGAUCAUCACUAUCCUCCUUCGAUUUGCGGAGAACGACCCAAAGUAUGGUACCGCUUCAGUGGCAUUCUUCUUUCUGUAUUACAUUGCGUUUGGAAUCGGCAUGCUGGGUGUUCCCUGGCUGUAUCCGACGGAGAUCAAUUCUCUUCCUAUGCGGACGAAGGGUGCGGCUGUCUCGUCUGCGACGAACUGGUAUGUUACUAUCCUCUUUCUGGUCAUUGCGUUUGUAUAUUCACGAUGCACAGGAUCACAAAUUUUGUCAUUGUCGAAAUCACACCUAUUGGGAUACAGAACAUUGGUUGGAAAUUCUGGAUCGUGUGGACAAUCACCAACGCGGCUUCUCUUCCGAUUAUAUACUAUCUGUACCCGGAGACCGCAAACCGAACGCUGGAGGACCUCGACGCAUACUACCGUUCCAACCCGCCACUGAUCGUAACGGGGGACCCGGAUGCGAUCUCAACAGGUCGGCCAUUGAAGUAUAUCCAGCAUGAGGAUGAGGAGCUACAGCGACAGAUCAAGCAGAGGCAGGCUACGGGCGAGGAGGACCGAUUGAAGCGAUAG